ACAACAGCAGUGUUUCCCGACGCAAUUUAAUGAAACCUAUAAUUACCUCAUCACAACAACAUUCCUCCACAGUGCAUCUAUAGAUAUUUAGACAUCGUGAAUGCAAAACUAUAAAUAAACAACAAUGACACCCGCCGUACAAGAUUGAAGAAAUAACAAACUGAGCACCUACUCCGGCUUGGGACCGCGGCUAUAGUGGAGCGGGACGUCGGUGUCGGGGGCACCGGGAGCGCGGGGGUGUCGGUUUCCAUACCCAGACUGGUGGCGGACGGCAUGGGUACGAGCAAAGGAUCCGCCAGGGGCGCGUCGCUGUGGGACAACAUGCGGCUACGCUUCAUCGUCUGUUUCCUGGGUGUCUUCGUGUGUUAUUUUUAUUACGGAAUUCUACAAGAAACCAUCACAAGAGGAGAUUAUGGCCCUGGCGACCAAAAGGAGAAGUUUCGAUUCGCCAGGACGUUGGUGUUCAUCCAGUGCAUCAUCAACGCUCUCUUUGCCAGGAUAUUGAUUCAGUUUUUAGAGGGCCCCAAACCAGAUUUAACCAGGAGCUGGUUGUACGGCCUGUGUUCCCUCUCCUACGUGGGAGCCAUGGUGUCCAGUAACUCUGCCCUACAGUAUGUCAACUAUCCCACACAGGUGCUGGGAAAAUCCUGCAAGCCAAUCCCAGUGAUGAUCCUGGGGGUGACCAUCCUGAAGAAGCGCUACCCGAUGGCCAAGUACUUGUGUGUGCUUCUGAUCGUGAGUGGCGUGGCGCUCUUUCUGUACAAGCCCAACAAGGGCUCGACAGUGGCGGACGACCACGUCUUCGGCUUCGGGGAGAUCCUCUUACUAGUGUCUCUGACGCUGGACGGCUUGACGGGCGUGGCCCAGGACCACAUGAGGUCUCGCUUUCAAACCAGCGCCAAUCACAUGAUGCUCAACAUAAACCUGUGGUCCACUGUGCUCCUGGGACUGACUGUGCUGUGGACCGGUGAGGUGUGGGAGUUCCUGAGCUUUACCGAACGCUACCCGAGCAUCUUGUACAACAUCCUCCUCUUUGGAUUGACCAGCGCGUUGGGCCAGACGUUCAUCUUCAUGACGGUGGUUUACUUUGGACCCCUGACCUGCUCCAUCGUUACCACCACCAGGAAGUUCUUCACCAUCCUGGGCUCCGUCCUUCUCUUUGGGAACCAAAUGAGCAACAUGCAGUGGUUGGGCACCGUCCUUGUGUUCCUUGGCCUCGGAUUGGACGCUAAAUUUGGCAAAGGACCCAAGAAGACAACACAUUAAACCACCCGGACACAAUCCAUAAGCCAGAAGAUUACUUGUCAUACAGGCUGAAACAUUUAUGACCUGAUUUUUAAAUAAAACAAACUUCUGAGUAUUAACACAUUCAUCAAGGACAAACAAUUUCAGCAUCUCAGUGAUGAAUUUACCAAAAAGUCUCAUCACAUUGCUUGCAAAAUCUGCCAGUAUCACGUUCUUGGCCAAUAAUUAGCCAAGUGUCUUGUCAUUUAUAAAACUUGUCUUUUGUUUUUUUUUUUCCUUUCUUUUUUUAAUUUUCUACAGGUUAU